ACCAAAACCGAUACUUCAUCGGACCAGCGUCAAACACCGACAAACGAUCACUUCAACGCAACGGACACACGGAAGCUGAGCGGAACCACACAAUGAAGAUCGCCCUGUUGAUUGCCGUCCUGGUGCCGUUGGCGGCACACGCCAAACCCGCCACAUCCAGCCUAGAUCCAACCGAUCUCGCUGAGGUCGACCUGGUGGAGGACGUUUCGCGCAUCAAACGCUCCGGUCUCGGCUCUGGCAGUGGUUCGUUCGAUCUCCUCUCGGGAUUGAAGAAGACGCUGCUGUCAGGCAUUGGUUCUGCUUCGGCGUCACUCGUCGCAGGCAGCAGCAGUUCAUCGCUCGGCUCUGGUUCGGGACACAGCAGCAGUGGAAGCAGCAGCAGCUCAGGCUACGGUUCGUCCGGACAUUCCUACGAUAAGCCGCACGAGGACACGCACUUCGAUGGCUGGUCACUGAAGAAAUCCAUCCUCAACACGCUGUUCCAGGCCGUAAAAGCGAUCACGGGAGGUGUAACUGCGAUCAAGGGUCAACUGAUCAAGGGCUCCGGAUACCUGGUGAGCGGUGCUGGCAAACUGAUCGCAUCCGGUGGUGAUGCCGUCACGGGAGUUGGCAAAAAGAUCGCCCAAUCGGCUCAUCUCAUCCCACCGAAACACGCCUCGCAUCCAUUCGCCAAACUGAGCGGUAUCCUGUCAUCCUCAUCUUCCGGUCUGUCCGGUUCAUCCUCGUCUUCGUCCUCAGGUCACCAUCAUGGCGACGCAUCCGGUGAAAGCUUCACCAGCUACGAAGGACCGACCAGCUACGGACAUGAUUCCUCCCACGGCAGCCUGAGCGGUCCAUCCGGGCCCUCGUACAUCCCACCCUCGAAGAGCUCGCACAAGUCACCCUCACUCAACUCAUACGGUUCCGAUCAUGACGACCACCAUCACCAUCACGGUGGUAGCUACGUUUCUUCCGGCAAGUACGGCCACUCGUCUGACGUAUCGCAGCACCAGCAACACUACCCGACGGCGUACAGCAAAGGUCACUCUAACGUCGUCGAGGCGUCAGACGUACUGCGACAAAUACUGAACCAGAACAUCCCCCACCAGACAACUGACCAUGGCUACCCGAAGAAGGUCAUCGCACAGUACGAGAUUCCGUCUGACUCAAAUCCACCACCAUUCAAGCCAAUCAAGACCGGGUAUCUACCACCUGCACUGUACGGUUUGCCUGCUGGCCCGAUCGACUCGGUGACACACUCGCACUCAAUCACGACCUCAUUCGGGGCAGCUGGCUUCCCAAAGUUACACCAGACAGUCGUAGAGAGUGAACCGGGGCUACCCAGCUCGUACGACAUCUACCGCUCUAUGAGCCUCAAACACACAGGACCCCGACCUGGCAAGUCUUCCAGCGAGUGGGCAGACCAUGAAGUCGGCCAUAGUGCCAGUGGGGUGUCGUACGAACUACUGCCACCGAAGACAUCCUCUGGUGAGCUCGUGCACGAACAACAGCUGCAUGAUCUUGCGAAGCACCUUGGCGGUGGGAUUGAGGUUCAGAAGUCACUCACGUACGAGAUCGCCGACCCAUCGACUGCCGGAUCACGCCUCCAUCAGAAGCGACGCUCCGAUGAGGCGACGCAGACGACGAACGAUGACAAGCAUGACGACAAUGGCGACGCAGCUUCCCAGCCGCAGAGCACCAACACGUAG